GCAUUAACUACAGAUAGCAAUCACGUUGAGAGAAUGUUGGAUGCAAGUUUGUCUCGAGAUCGAUUGCUUUCAACGGAAGAACGUAAUGAAUUCGUUGUGAUUUCAUUCCCGUUGAUCAUUCGAAAUAUUGAUAAAGCUAUUGAGAUGAUUGGUGGACAACAAAAUCUGAACACAACACAUUUCCAUGGACGUCCACUUGAGUUACGCCAUAAUCCGAAUAAUCCAUAUAGCAACGCGCUGAUAUCUGAACGGCGAAGUGUGGAGAAGAUGUCGGCAAGUUCCGGAAAAAUAUUGGCUGUAGUGAAAGUGAGACGCAAAAAAUCAGAUCCAAAUAUAGUAAAAGCGGAAAUUUUGGGACCGGUUAGUUUUUGUUGA